AUGGAUGAGACAACCGCAACCGCCGUCGCAGAAACCCUAACAACCGCAACCGCCGUCGCAGAAACCCUAACAACCGUCACUGAAACCCUAACAACUUUGUCACUUCACGAAUUACCAGCUCUUCCGUUUGAAGUUGUAAUAGAAAUUCUGUGUCGUUUGCCGGUGAAGCUUCUCCUUCAACUUCGAUGUCUAUGUAAGUCCUUCAACACCCUAAUUUCUGAUCCCAAAUUCAUUAGGAAACAUCUUCGCAUGUCAACCGCCUACCACCGCCACCGCCUCCUUUUAUACUCUCUAAUUGACUCCCAUGCACCGUCUUACCCACUUCACUCCACUUUCAUCACUGUCACCGAUAACGCCAUCCGACACCAAUACCCUGUUUCUUUAGAAGAUCAAUGGUUCUAUUGCUUCGGCUCUUGCGACGGAAUGUUUUGUUUUGAGGUCCACCGCUCUGUUUUUUUGUGGAAUCCUUCCAUUCUAAAAUUCAAAAGAUUGCCUUCUUUAGAUUUAGGUGCAUAUGGUUUUGGAUAUGAUACUUCAAUAGAUAAUUACAAGGUUGUUUGUGUUCUUCACAAUAUGGGUAAUACUACUAAAAUAAUGGUUCAUACAUUGGGUACUGAUUCUUGGAGAAUGAUUCCAGGUGAGUUUCCUGUCCCAGUAAGCGGGUGCGGGUCGCUGAAAUUAGCUAGCGGCACACUCAACUGGUUUGCAUCUAAUGAUCAUAGCAUUGUUUCUUUUGAUUUGGUGAAUGAGUCAUAUCGAAAAUUUUCGGCUCCUAACUACGGAGGAGAAGCUGUGUAUAGGGUGAUCUUGGAUGUUUUUAGGGAUUGUUUGUGUAUUGUAGCUCAUAGUCACACAUUUUCUAGUGUUUGGAUGAUGAAGGAAUAUGGAAAUGAAGAGUCGUGGACUCGGUUGUUUCGCGUUCCUCGCAGUGAAGAAUCUAUCUAUGAUACACAUAUCGAGCCAAUAUGGAUUUUCGAGGAUGACCAAGUGCUGAUGAAGAAGGACACGGAAUUGGCCCUUUGUGAUUUCAAAAACGGUGCUUUUAAUAUUCAAAUGAUUCAAAACAUCAAUAAUUACGCCAUCCCUCAAGUCUACAUUGAGAGUUUGGUAUCACCUUGUACCUAA